AAGUGAAAAUACCUUUUGGAAACAAAUACCUUGAUGCUAUCUUUUCUGUCCCAGAGAAGAAACCAACAUAUGGAGUGAUUCUUACUCAUGGAGCUGGAGGAGACAUGAAUUUCCCCCACUUAGUGUCCUUGGCAGCCUGUCUUGCAUCCCAUGGAGUUCUGUGCCUGCGGUUUACUUGUAAAGGCCUUAAUAUUGCUUACAGGACUAAGGCUUUCAAAGCAGUUGUGGAAUACUUAAAACUUUCUGAGGAUUAUAAACUUUCUGGUGUUUUCCUUGCAGGCCGUUCCAUGGGCUCACGAGCUGCUGCCUCUGUGAUACGUCAGCUGAGCCAGGGUGAUGAUGAUGAUGAUGAUGAUGGUUUCAUUCAAGGCCUCAUGUGUUUAUCUUACCCACUGCAUCGACCGAAGCUGCAGUCCAAGCUCCGGGACGAGGAUUUAUUACUGAUCAGGUGUCCAGUGCUGUUUGUCUCAGGAUCAGCAGAUGAAAUGUGUGAAAAACAAUUGCUAGAAGGUGUGGUGAGCAAAAUGAAAGCCCCUAAAAAAAUCCAUUGGAUUGAUAAAGCAAACCAUGGGAUGGCAGUCAAAGGACGAGCAACAAAUGAUGUCAUGGAAGAAAUAAAUGCACAAGUUUUUUCUUGGCUUAGAGAGAAUGUUCAACUGCAGAACAAAUAAUUUGCAGUGUUCAAGCAGCAUCUCCAUUUAGUUUUUCCUAAAUGAGGCAAAUAAGGGGUUUGUUAUUUUAUAGAGGCAUAUUUUUUUAAACUGAUCUUUUCAGAGGUCAAAGUGCAAAUGCAAAUAAAACUUUAUAUGAAUUUAAAAAUAUGCAAAACAAUAAAGAACUUCUUGAA